AUUGCAGCACUUGUUAAUUGGCACUUACUUGUAUAGGAUGGCGGCUAAAAAAAAUGGUUUUGUUGAUAUCGGUGAUGGUGAUUCACUAAAGACUACUAAAAAAUCAUACGAGCAAGACGAAAAAUUAAUUAAUGGUAAAAUAAAAGAUCGCAAAAAUGGUUACAUGAAGUCCACGCAGUCUAAUGGAUCAACGCCGAAGAUGACACAAGUGGAGGGAGGCGGCCUGCCAAAGAUAGACUGGUCCAAGUACGACACGUUCCCGGGCUCGUUCGAGAAGUGUUCCCUACUGACCGCCGUCCUCACGCACGUUGGACUUUACGUUCUCAUGUUCCUGGGCUUCGUCAACCAGCUCAUAUUCAAGCCUAAGGCCGCCACCGAGAAGAACAGAGAGGGGUACGCUCCGCUGUACGAUCCGUUCGAGCAGUUCUUCUCUCGGUACGUGUACCGGCGCGUGCGGCACUGCUUCAACCGACCGAUAUGCUCGGCGCCUGGAGCCGAAGUCGUCCUCAAGGAGUGGGAAAGCACCGAUCACAAUUGGACUUUCAAGUUCACGGGCGUGGAGCGGCGCUGCGUCAACCUGGGCUCGUACAACUACCUGGGGUUCGCGGGCGGGGAGGGCGCGGAGGGGGGCUGCGCGCGCGCCGUGGCCGACGCCGUGCGCCGCUACGGCAUGGCGCAGGGCUCCUCGCGCGCCGAGCUCGGCACCACGCCGCUGCACCUCGAACUGGAACGGGCCGUGGCUGACUUCUUGGGGGUCGAGGACGCCAUCGUGUUCGGAAUGGGGUUCGCCACCAACACGCUGAGCAUACCGGGGCUGAUCGGGCCGGGCACGCUGGUGCUGAGCGACGAGAACAACCACGCGUCGCUCAUCCUGGGCCUGCGCCUGUCCCGCGCCACCGUGCGCGUGUUCCGACACAACGACGUGCGCCACGCCGAGGAGCUGGCCCGCGCCGCGCUGGCCGAGCGCCGCUGGGCCAACGUGCUGCUGGUGGUGGAGGGCGUUUACAGCAUGGAGGGCUCUGUGGCGGCACUGGAGGGCCUGGUGGCGUUGAAGCAGGCGCUGGGGCUGCACCUGUACGUGGACGAGGCGCACUCCGUGGGCGCUCUGGGGUCCACGGGCCGCGGCGCGCUGCAGCGGUGCCGCGUGCUCGCCGCGCACGUCGACGUGCUCAUGGGCACCUUCACAAAGAGCUUCCGCGCGGCCGGGGGGUACAUCGCAGGCCCGCGGCGGCUGGUGCAGUGGCUGCGCGCGCACGGGCACGCGCACGGCUACGCGCACAGCAUGUCGUGCGGCGUGGCGGCGCAGGUGCUGGCGGCCGUGCGCGCGCUGGACGCGGCGCCGGGCCGGGCGCGGGUGCGGGCGCUGGCGCAGAACACGGCCUACUUCCGCCGCAGGCUGCGCGAGCUGGGCGUGGUGACGUUCGGGCACGACGACUCGCCGGUGGUGCCCAUGCUGGUGUACACGUUCAGCAAGAUGGCGGCCACGGUGGAGCGCCUCACGCGCGCCGGCGUCGCCACCGUCGGCGUCGGCUUCCCCGCCACGCCGCUCAACAUGGCGCGCAUACGUUUCUGCCUGUCGGCGUCCCACACCCGGGAGCAGCUGGACCGGUGCCUGCUGGCCGUGGAGCAGGUGGCGGACGAGCUGGGCCUGCGCUACUCGCGCCGCCGCCCCCUCGCGGAGCCCCGACCCUCGUAAACCUUCACGCUGCACAGAUACAAAUAAAAGUUGCAUGAAAUGCAUACUUUAACUGUUAUGAAAUUCGCGAAUCGAUCAUAGAAAAUACUUACUCGAGUUAAUUACAUACUUGUUUAAUUAAAAGUUU